AUGUCUUCCGAGCACUAUGGAGUGCGGAUGUCGACAUCUUCAGGCUCGCGCUCAGCUUCGGGCGCCUUACUAUCAAGCCCUCCUAUCGAGUUAAAUAAUGAUCUCAGCCCUUGCGCCGCUACCGCAUCAUUGUUUCUAUUCUCACAAGGCCCGACUGUCAUCGCUCUGCAUCAUGACAGCUUGGCCGUGGACCGGAGGUUUCACCGUCAUCGCGACGAUGUUCAGAUAAUAGCCGUUGAUAAUGUUAGUGAAAGAGGGGCUGGACGUUUGGUGGUUAGUUAUGACAUUGGCCACACUGCGAUAAUAUGGGAUCUUUUCACCGGUCAAGAAAUUACCCGGUUUGUCUCAUUUGAACCUAUCAGAGUUGCUACAUGGCUUCGAAAUGGACAUGUUGCAUUUGGAAACAUCAAAGGUGAAAUCAUAUUGUUUGAGCCGUCAACUUCGGAACACAUAUCUGCCCGCACGAUAUUUGAUCCAAUCACUGCUUUGGCUCCAACAAUGGAUUGUAACACCUUUGCCAUAGGAUAUCUCAACGGCUCCAUCCUAAUUGCUACCCUUCUUCCAACAUUUACCAUUUUGCACACCCUCACAACCACUAGGGGCCCAUCACCUGUCAUUUCUCUUUCCUGGCAUGCUUCUUCGACCAAGCAGAAAACCGAUAUGUUGGCAUCCCAAACUAUAGAUGGUGAUUUAUUUGUUUGGAGUGUAGCCAAGCAGCCAUCCACGGAAUCACCUCGAGUUAUAAGAGCUUUGAAGAAAUCGGAAUCAAAUAACACCAGUCCCAAAUGGUUGGCUUGGUCGAAGAACGGCCGCAUUGUUCAGCAUAACGAUGGGGAGAGUUUGGCGUGGGAUGUCAGAACCAAAAAUGUUUCGUAUGAAACAAUACCAACCAUCCAAGGUGUUCAAGGUAUAGCAAACUAUGGGCCUACUGCUACACUUUUCACGAUGGGCCCGAAUCAUACUAUACAACAGUAUGAUGUAGCAAACGCCGUAAUGGUUGCAAAUGCACAGCACGUUCCGCAGAAACCAGAUCUACCUGUCGAGCAGCCCCCAGCUGCCGAGAGUGCCCUCACAGUCGAGACUUUGGCAAAACACACUGCAUCUGAACAGAAACACAAAAGCCGUCCAUCACAAGGGUCUUUGCCUGGCGUUGAGUCUAAACUUGACUUGGUUCGUGCUGAGGCUUCAAAGAGUCCGGGAUCAGGAUACAGUGUGCCUAUUUCGAAUGGCUCUAGGCCCCGGAACCGCACACCAUUUGAUGACCCAAACCUUGGACCGGAUGAACUACGAAGGCAGAUGUUGACAGUGAUAUUUGGAUGGGAGGGAAACAUUGAAGACCUGAUACGGAGUGAAUUCAAACAACAUACCUAUGGCUCACAACACUCUGCUAUCCUAGCAAGGUGGCUACUUCCAUCUGAGUCUGAUAUAAUGGCGCCUAUGGUUGAAGCAUCAACCUCUUCGUAUGUCAAUUGGAUGAUCAUGGCCCUUAGCUUAUUGACCAAGAAAGAAGCCUCAAAGGAGCCUGGCCAGGCACUUGCGAAAAAACUCAUAGCUUCCAAUGACCCCCACGCAGCCGCAGCGGUCUUGAUGGGUAUUGGGGAAGGAGAACUUGCUGUUGAGCUUUAUGUGUCCAGGAACCAGUUUAUGGAAGCCGUGCUUCUAAGUUGUUUGUUGACACCAGCUGCAUGGUCCAGGCAAUCGUACCUUGUUCGCAAAUGGGGAGAACACGCGGCUAUCAACUCACAGCAGCACUUAGCACUGCGUUGUUUCUCCUGUACUGAAACGGCAAAUCCCGUAUCUUGGAAAGGCCCUACAAGUCAUCCCUCUGGCUCCAACCCACCCUCAGAGAAAAACCAAGUGGCCCCAAUGAACGGCCCACCUUUGAAUAACUUAUCACCAACUUCUCGUCUCAAGAAUCAAUCUCUGAAGCUCAUAACUUCAUUUGGUUCAAAUAAUAACUCUACCUUCCAGUUCCCUGGUCUUGCCUCUGCCGAUAGAACCCCUACCAAUAUGCCCGGGGUUACCCCAAUCGAUGCUGGGCUAGGAGACCAAAUGUUUUCUCCCGGAGGUCACAAUAGUAGCCUUCGCCCAGGUGGUCACCGAGGUCAAGGAACCACUCCAGUUUCUCGUACCCAUCCUGCAAGCUUUGGAAGGGAACGUCUUCCGUCCAUCGGAGAGUCACCAAACGAUCCUACCCCAACUGUAUCAGCACCCAGGAGCCGCCUUCCAGUUGACCAGUCAUCCGAAUCCGACAAAGAAAUAAGAGUGAUUGACGUGCCGCUUGUACCUCCACCAGCGUCAAACUUGAACCAAACUACUACGGAGACCCUUGAGUAUUUAACGCCAGCCAGAUACACCCCACUAAAUGAGUCCAUGAAGGAGAAGGAAACGCCCAUGACAGCCGUACCACCGGAUAGGACCCUGAGCUCCUCUUCGGGCCGGGAAAACAAGCUGGAGACUGCAUUAGGACAGAAUCAGCGUAGUAGCAACGGCUCACAAUCCCGGAAACCUGAUGGGCUGCAGAUUCAGUGGCCUCCUGUGGACGAUCAGUCAUCAGAGGACCCGCCAUCGGAGGAGAUGUAUUAUCAACAGCCGUCCUCUAACCGCCGAAAUGGCGAGAGGGGGGAUGGUGUGAUGAGUCCGACUGCCUCUACCAGAAGCGCAAGGUCAGGUACAAGUGUACCAUUAAGUGCAAAAAGUCUCGACAAGUAUAUCAGCAGCCUUGAUGGAGCCAGUUAUCAUGCUCAGAGACAAAAGCCACACAGGAAAUCUGGCUCAAGAGCAAGCUCGAAGGACCCUAAUGGACGUGGGAGAAGCAAACAGAGAUAUAUCCAGCCAGCUAAGAGGUCACCAUCAUCACCCAUUCCUAUGUCACCAGAGGACAUUGCUCUCUACUCGUCCUCUUCUAAAGACUACGUUGGAGUUCGGCCGCCGUCGCGAAACGGAAGGAAGAGUAGUCGAAUGCGCAGCAACAGUCCUGGAGUUAGAAGCCGGGUAUCAGGACGAAGCACAAGCAGACGCCGAGAUUUCGAUCGCUCAAUAAGGUCACCAACCUCCCCUGUGCCCAUGUCUCCCGCCGAAAGCAGUGGAGAUAUCGACCACAGGUUCAGACUAUUGAAUGCUGAGCGGAAACAGCGUUAUAAAUCCAGAGAGCGGAGUGCAAAUAGACGUCACGAUCGUAGUAGAAGUGCGCCUCGAUACUCUUCAUCCGAACAGAGGAAUGGAACCGGAAAAGAUAGUGAUACCAGUGGAGAAACUGGCAAUCGUUCUGAUCCAGUCUACCCGGCAUAUAACUCUGAUGAGCAAUCCCAACCACAGCUGCCCGGUCAUAACCAAACUGACAAUCAGCUUGAUGAACACGGCAGGAAACGGUCUGCUGCGGCAGAGCUUGAGGCUCGCCGUCAAUCUCUAGCUCGUCGGCCUUCUGCUCCUCCCAUUCCUCUCCCUGGAGAGGCAAGCCUCAACCAAAUUCUCUCUGGUCGUCCUUCUCCUUCUCCCGGCCUCCAGACUCAUGGUAGAUCCAAUAGCUCUUUUAGCCAAAGGGCCAUGUCUAAAAGCACAGGGCCUACUCCAUCUAGCCUAAAUGAGCGCGUUCCGUUUACCAUGCCAAUUGGACUUCCUGCUACCCCUAGGGCUAUGAGACAUCCUAAAUACAGCACCGGAUACAACGACUCUGAGGCACCUGAAGUACCUGAAGUACCACCCCCGGAUGCAUUCUAUAGCUAUGAGAGAAGACCAUCUUUCAAUAUCCCCCGCUCCAUGUCUGCUCCAAUUCCAGCGGAAGAUGGUAUGCCAACUCAUCCUCAUUUCCAGCGUCAACUUCCUAGUAGCCGGACAAACCGAACUCCAGGUCACAAACGUGAGCCGUCAAACGAGGGUAUGACGCUGGAAAAUUCCCGAGUAGAGAACCUACGAGCUGAGCAUACCCGUAUACCCUCCGGUCCACCGCCUCCUCUCCUCCCUGAGUUGCAACAUCUACAUGCCACUGCUACUCCUCCGCCGCCGCCACCUCCACCGGCGCCUCCAUCACGCCAACCACCGCCGCCAGCUGCAUCUGUGCAAAAUGAUGGUCCAAUGCAUGACGAAGGGCGAAACUCCCUCAUCUCUGGAGUCGGUACGAUAAACAUUGCGAUCGACGAUUCUCACAGCCCCGGGCUUUUUGGUCCCCCUAACCCGAACCCCAACUUCCGCGCAGCAUCAUUGCCCGCACAUCAGCAAUCGCUGCACCAGCUAGAAGGCAACAUGAGAGCAUCUGCUGAUCCCCACAAACGAGGCAGGAGUGUCAACGAUAAUGUACAAUUCAAGUUUCGCAACCUUACUGACCGCAUGAGGAGCUCAAGUCGACCCCGUAAUGGACGUUCCCCUGCUUCAGACCGACAGGAUGUGUGUUCUCCAUACGAAAGCCUGGCGAUAAACGGUCCGAUUGAAAACAGAAUCUAG